CAACAAAAUUAGACAAGUUCGAACUUGUUGCGCACAUACAUACAUAAGUAUGUAGCUGAAUAAAAGCUGUUAGAAUUGUGAUCGAAUGACAAUCAUAUUUGCGUAACCAAGCGAAUAAAAACCAAUAUUUAUAAUACAACAAUUUAAUCCCACAUUAUGGACAACAAAAAGUUCACGCUACCGCAUAUGGCAGCUGAAAGCUUGUAAAGCUGCUAGCGCGCUCCUCUAGAUAAAGCAACAUAUGCCAAUUGUUUAUCGAAGACAUGUAAAUUCAAGGGAUGUGCGCAUGAAGAGCCAGCGUUUAAAAGGCAAGGACGAAGAGAAAUCGCCUGCGAAAACAAAUACACGCAAACUCACGCAUACACUGGCAUGCAUUUGUGUUGAGCUGGCAGAAUGCGGGCACGCAGAAACCGCAGCAGCCAAUAUAUUGCCCACUUUUAUUGUUUUUAUUGUUGUCGUAAUAGUGGAAUGCAAAGCAAAUGAUAAGCGUGCUACGCGGAGUGCUGGGGCGGUAAGCUCACAAUUACAGCAGCGAUUGCGAUGACGCUAAGCGGAUAACAAAGAAUGCAAAUGGCAGCGGCCAAUGCAAAUUGACAAUGCAAAAGGCGAUGCGAAAGACAAAGGCAAAAGCAACGUAUUUUAUUAAGAAGUACUCAGUGUGCAAGAAAAAGUGUAGUGUAUAGUGUAGUGUAAUAUAGUGUAGUGAAGUGAAGUGUGUAUAUGCGCCUAAAAGCAGGCAGUGCGUUUCAAUAAAGACAAGAAAAAGUGGAAAAUAGAAAAAGUUGCGGAAUGAAAUUGAUAGAGGAGUUUAAAAACGCUUUGUCUACAGCUCGAUAUUAAGCCAAUUCGACAGUGAUAAAACGAAAAUAUUGAGAACUUGUGGAAUGCGUUGGCAACAUCGUUGAACUGUCACGAAAGAAAAGUCAUAUAAAAAGGAGAAUUCAUCGUAAUCCGAGUCUGUCACAGCAGUUUUGUUUUAUUAUUCAAAGGUUGUAAAGGUUUUUCUGGAAAAACAAAACACGGAGACAACGUGUAAUUUUCCCCAAAACGUUUGCUCAAUAUCAAACAGCGGGUGCAAAAAAGGCUGGAAGACACAAAUAAUUUGGGAAUGCAAAUACUGCAAAAUUACAUAUUGUCGAGGGAAUACGACUUUUCCACACUAUCUAAAGCAGCAACGACAGCAAGGCCUCCGUUCUUUGUACCGUCCAUACGAUUACACGAACAACAAAUUACGAAUCAUCACCUUUGAUUUGUUACCUUACUGUAUUACACCUCAAAAAAGACAAGACACACAGUCAUGGAGGAUGGACUUUCAAAUGAACAAACCGAAAAGAUCCUACAGUUUCAAGACAUUACAGGCAUUGAGGAUAUGAAUAUAUGUCGAGAUGUUUUGAUAAGACAUCAGUGGGAUCUUGAGGUUGCUUUUCAAGAGCAAAUGAACAUACGCGAAGGCAUUCCAUCAACAUAUGCCGCGUCCAGAGAUGUACGCGCACCCGCUGUUCUCGAUGAUCGUUUUCUACAACAGAUUUUUUCUGCAAAUAUGCCUGGUGGAAGAUCGGCACGAGGUGGCAUGGGUCCUAUACCGCGUAGCUUUACGGGUAUCAUUGGCUAUGUCAUAAACAUGGUAUUUCAGUAUUGCUACUCGACAUUCUCCAGCGUACUAACUGCUUUACUGAGUUUGGGACGAAACGAUGAGAGAAUCGUUACCGAUCCUGUGGGCGAUGUCAUGAGUUUUAUACGUUCCUACAACGAACGUUAUCCAUCACACCCAGUGUUCUAUCAGGGCACAUACGCGCAAGCGUUAAAUGAUGCUAAACAGGAACUACGCUUCCUACUCAUCUAUCUACACAAGGAUCCCACAAAUAAUCCCGAUGUAGAUUCACUGUGCCGUACAACGCUUUCGAAUCAAUCAACAAUUGAUUUUAUAAAUCGCAAUAUGCUUUUCUGGGGCUGUGACGUAUCCUCACCAGAGGGUUAUAGAGUAUCGCAUACAUUGAAUAUGCACGUAUUUCCGACGAUGGUGUUAAUUGCACAACGUAAUCAUCGUAUGAUUGUUGUUGGUCGCUUUGAAGGCGAUUGCACACCAGAAGAGUUGAUACGUCGCAUGCAAACAGUGAUCUCAGCAAAUGAAAUAUGGCUUAGUCAAGCACGUGCUGAUCGUUUAGAACGUAAUCUCACACAGACGCUGCGUCAACAGCAAGACGAAGCUUAUCAACUUAGUUUACGUGCCGAUGAAGAGAAGGAACGGCUGCGUCAGUUGGAACGUGAUGCAGUGCGACAAGCACAGGAGGCUAUUGAACGUGAACGUGCCGAAGAGGCACGCAAAAAAGAGGAAAUUGCUCAACUCAAAAUUGAGCUAGCUGAGCAGGUGCCAAAUGAGCCACCAGCUGGUACAGCGGACGCCAUUAGUGUCGUCUUUAAACUGCCAAACGGCGCACGCCUGGAGCGACGUUUUCUCAAUUCCAAUUCAUUAAUUGAUGUGUAUAACUAUCUGUUCUGUCAUCCCUCUUCACCCGAUGAAUUCGAGAUCACAACGAAUUUCCCUAAACGCGUCCUCUACGCCAGUUCUUGUAAUAAUGGCGCCAUCAAUGGUAAUGGCAAUCAAACAACCUUAGCUGAAGCCGGUCUGAAGCAUCGUGAGGUACUCUUUGUCAACGACUUGGAGGCGUAAUAUUCAUAGCAAUAUUUUAUACAACAAACAACAGCAACACACCACAUAAACAAUCAACGGUCAACAUUUGAUCAGAUUUCAUAGUUUAAUAUGUAUAACAAAGAAGUUUUGUUUUUAAUUUGCAUUGAAUAUGCAAAAACUACGUUAUUUACACGCGGAGUGUUUCCAAAAGUUAAAAAAAAAGUAAAACGUGUACGUAAAUUUAAGAAAUGGAGCUAACAACACACAAUUUUCGCAAAAAGAUAUAUGUAUAUAUAUAUGAUUAUGCAGUUUCAAUGCUCCAUGCAAACAUAUAUAGCAAUAUUGAAUUGUUAUUUAAAUUAUCUGUUUUCUAAUUUUCAUUAAUUUAAGUAAUUUUAUUUUUUCCUUGAUCUUUAGCGUACUUACAUUUAUAUGUAACAAAAACUAAUAACUAUUUGGACUAAUCUAUUUUAAUUUCUUUCCAAAUGCACUAUUGCAUUGUUGCUUUACACACACACUACUCAAUUCUGACAGACGUAACAUAAACAAAACAUUUUAUCAAAAACGAUCAUGAUAAGAUUUGUAGCAUUCUUAAUAUUUCUAUUGAAAAGAAAAUUAAAUAAAAAGUAAAUAUAGUACGUGUGAAAACUAACUGUUAAGCGAUCAAAA